AUGGGCGACCCCAACAGGCCCAUUGCCAUUAAAUUCGGCUCCUCGGCGCCCUCUUCAAAAUCAGCCAAAUCAAACCAGCCGUCUACGGCGCUGGGCAAGCGUCCGCGCGCUGGCGCAUUCGGUCACGACUCGGACUCGGACGACGAUCAGGUCGGCAAGAAGGAGGAAAUCACAGGCUUCCGUGCCGAUGGCGCCGAGAUUAACGAAACGAGAAGAAGAGAAGAAGAAAAACAAGUCAAGAAACAAUACGUCAUCGAGAGAAUCGCCAACAAAGACUGGCGCGGCGAGGCUCGAGCCAAGCAGAAUCAGAAUGCCGCCGCCGCAAUCGUCGACGACGAGCAGCCCAAAGAAAUCAAAUGGGGUCUAACAGUCAAAGACAAGAGCACAAAAGCAGACACCCCCGAGUCAAAUCAAGCCAAGCCCUCAACAUCAGAUGCCCGCGACGAUGCUCCGCCAAAGUCUGUCGAUGACCGCGCGAUGGACGCCCUCCUCGGCAAGACGGAGGAGAAGAAGCUCGUGAUCCCCGCGCUGACCGAAGAUGAAGCAUACCAACGAGAUGCCAACGCAGCAGGCGCCGACUCUACACUUGAGGACUAUGAAGCAAUGCCCGUGGAAGAGUUUGGUGCAGCACUGCUUCGCGGCAUGGGCUGGGACGGUAAGAGCGGUACCAAGAAUGAAGUUAAAAAGCGCAAGCUAUUCCCUGGCUCUAGCGAUGUAGACGCCGAGCUGGGCAUCGAUAUGGGCAAGAAAAAGGGUAAAGUCCGCGUUGGCGACUACCGACGCGAGGAGGAGAAGCGGAGGGCGGAAAAGGAGAGCCGAAAGGAGGGGAGCUACAAGAGCGAGCGAGACCGCGAGAGGAGAGAGGAGCGCUACGAAGAUCGACAUCGAAGCGAUAGACAACGGGACGACUACCGAGACCGCGAUAGGAAUAGAGACUACGGCAGAGAUCGGGACAGGGACAGGGAUAGAGAUCGUGAUAGACGGAGACACGACGACCGAAGGCGGUAA